CGCCAUUCGACCCGAUAAUAUUAAGUGCCCUUUUCCCGUUUUAGACUCUUGAGCGCUACGUGGACGUGUAAGUGCUUAACUGUAUCGGUAAUUAGUGUUAGAUAUGUUCGGAACGACACGAACCGGUCUAAACAUUUAAAGAUAUUUUCUAGUUGUAUAAACAAAGUAGUUGUAUUUUAAGAUUUUUAAUAAAUAUUAAUUUGGUAUUAAGAAAUUAUAUGAGAAAGAGAUGAAAUUAUAACCCUAUCUUUUUAACGAGAGUCGUUUCUUAAAAUAACCGCGAGUUUUUGGUACGAUUCCAAAUUUUCUGGGGACACGGUGUUCAAGUCUCCAACGAUUCAAAAAAGAAAUUAUGUUGUUCUUAGUAUUCUUUUAUACUAUAUUACAUAGUUUAAAUGUUUCUUUUGCGCAAUACAACAUUGGUUUAAUCGAUGAGGUUGACUAUGAUGUACGCUCAGCUUUCGACAUCGCCUCACAAUCAAAACUUUUAAUACCCCAUAAAGAGGCUUUAUUUUCAACGGAUCCUUACAGAGCUUUGCAAAUAGCGUGUUCUUUAUUAGACUCAAAAGUAAUCGGAAUUUUGGUGACAUCAAAUCGAGAAAACACCGACCCAGUUCAAUCAAUAUGCGAUUUAAAAGAGAUUCCAAUGUUGGAGGUUCGUUGGAAUGAUCGGCUAUCAAGAGGUGGGACAUCAAUUAAUAUUUAUCCACACCCCCCAAGUUUAAGUAAAGCUUACGUGGAUAUAAUUAAAUUUUGGAAAUGGGAUGAGUUCACAAUUCUUUACGAAGAUAACGAAGGAUUAAGUAGAAUGAGCGAAAUUUUAAAAAUGGGGCACAUUUACAACAUAAUGGUUAAACAAUUAAUCGCUGAAGAAGGCUCUAAUUACCGAGCUUCGUUAAAGGAAGUUUGGAAAUCCGAUCACAUUAAUUUCGUUUUGGAUUGUCGUAUUGAUAAUUUAGAAACGAUUUUAGAGCAAGCGCAACAAAUUGGGUUGAUUACGAAAACAUACAGCUUUAUUAUAACAAAUUUAGAUUUUCAUACGAUCGAUUUGGAACCUUUUAAAUACAGCGAGGCUAAAAUAACCGGAGUGAGAAUGUUAAACCCCGAAUCGGAAAAAUUAAUCAGAUUCGCCGAAGAUGUAGCUGAGAAAAAACACGAAACGUACAGAUCGAAUCAACAAGAAGCAGAAAAUGUUUUAGCCGUUGAUAAACUCCGUCUUGAAACGGCUUUAGUUGCUGAUGCGGUCACGUUUUUUGGGUCCGCAGCUUUAGAAAUUGAUAAUUCAACGACUUUUUAUCAACCGAACGCGUUUUGUAGCAACUCUUAUACUUGGAAAAUGGGAAUGACCAUCUAUAAUUACAUGAAAACGCUAACAGUCGACGGUUUAACAGGAACUAUAAAAUUAGAUAAUGAAGGUUUUAGAAGCGAUUUUAACUUGGAUUUAAUCGAACUCGCCGAAGAAGGCGUUUUUACAGUUGCCACAUGGAAUAUGACAGAUGGAAUCCAAAAGAAAUUAUCACCAAUUGACAAGGUUAUCAAUGGGGAGUAUUCUUUGCAAAAUCGAAGUUUUAUUGUUAUCACAACUUUGACUUAUCCUUAUGGAAUGUUAAAAGAAUCACAAGAAAGUUUGAAAGGAAAUGAUCGUUUUGAAGGAUUCGCCAUCGAUUUAAUUCGCGAACUUGGGAAAUUAGAGGGUUUUAAUUACACCUUUAUCAUUCGCGAAGAUAAAGCUAACGGGGUUAAAGACGAGCAUGGAAAAUGGUCUGGAAUGAUCGGGGAUCUCAUCACGGAAAAAGCCGAUUUAGCAAUCACCGAUUUAACAAUAACAUCGGAACGGGAAGAAGCCGUCGAUUUUACUUCGCCUUUUAUGAAUUUAGGAAUCAGCAUUCUUUACAGAAAACCAUCGAAAGCACCCCCCAAUUUCUUUUCAUUCGCGGCACCCUUUGCGAUUGAAGUUUGGUUAACUUUAGCAGGGGCUUAUUUUAUCGUUUCGAUUUCUUUAUUUGUUAUGGGGCGAUUAUGUCCAAGCGAAUGGACGAAUCCUUAUCCAUGUAUUGAUAGCCCCGAAUUUUUAAUUAAUCAAUUUAGUUUAAGAAAUUCAUUUUGGUUUGCUAUCGGGAGUUUACUUCAACAAGGAACAGAAAUUGCUCCAAUAGCUUACGCGACUAGAAUGGUAGCUGGAAUUUGGUGGUUCUUCACCUUAAUUAUGGUAUCAUCUUACACCGCUAAUUUAGCUGCGUUUUUAGCAACAGAAAAUCCCGAUAUUCCAUUCAACAACGUUUACGAACUUAAUGAAAGAGCCGCUCGUUUAGGAAUUAAAUUUGGCGCAAAAAAAAAUGGAGCCACAUUAAAUUUUUUUAGGGAUGCAACGAGCAAAGAAUUCCAACAAAUUUAUCACUACAUGCACAGUAAUGAAGAUGAUGUAAUGAUGAAGGAAAAUAGCGAUGGUGUUGAUAGAGCUGAAAGAGAAUUGUACGCUUUUUUUAUGGAAUCGAGCUCGAUUGAAUACGAAGUUCAAAGAAGAUGCAACUUAACUCAAAUUGGUGGAUUAUUAGAUGAAAAAGGAUAUGGAAUAGCAAUGAGAAAAAAUUCUAAAUAUCGACAUGCAUUAAGCACAGCCGUUCUAAAAUUACAAGAAACGGGAAAGAUUCAAGAUUUAAAAAGGAAAUGGUGGGAGGAAAGAAGAGGUGGUGGGCAGUGUAUGGGUGAUGGUGAUCGUGAAGAUGCAAAACCACUAAAUUUAAAAAACGUUGGUGGUGUCUUUUGGGUAACAGUCGGUGGAACGUUAGCUGCGGUCGUUUUGGUUUUCUUGGAAAUGAUAUUGCACGUGAUGAAAGUUUCGAUACAACACAAAGUUUCGUUCGUUCAACUCUUAAAAGAAGAAAUGAAAUUUUACAUGCAAUUUAAAGGUUUGGUAAAACCAGUGACCACGAGGAAAGGGUCGAAAUCGCCGGAAGAGAGCGAAAAAACCAACGAACACGAGAGAAUCGAACAACCAACGUACGGGUUCUUACCUGCUAUUACGAAAGGUAGCCCGAUCGAUUAAACAUGAAUCAUUUAGAAAAAUGUUUGUGGUUAAAUAAAUGCUAAUUGGUUUUACAAA